AUUUAUCCAUCAAAUAAGCUGCUCAGGAGAUAACCAAUGUUUUAACAGUACUAACUUCAUUUUUAUAUUUGCCUCAUUUAAACAAAUAAAUAAUUGUUUAACUAUUGUAACAUUGUUUUAUAGUAAAAUGCAGUUGAAGCCAUCGAAUGAAUAG